AUGGCAGAGCUUCUGGGGACCGUCGUCGGCGUGGUGUCGCUUGGGCUGCAGGUCUGCUCCGGUCUCAACACAUACCUCGACGGGGUCCAGGGCCACAGGGAAGAGACGGAGUCAACCAGACGCCACUGCAACUACAUGGAAGCCCUCGUGAAGCAGAUCGAAGAUGCCCAACAGCACAACUCGGCGUCCUUCAGCAGCGGCGGCUCUCCGUCGCUGCAUCCCGUCUUGACCGGGGCCCAGACGGAGUUGUCCUCGCUGCGCGACUAUCUGAACAAGGUCUGCGCCGAAGCCACGACGCCCCAAACGACCAUCGCGCAGAAGAUAGAGGGCCAGAAGAGAAAGCUCCUCUACCCUUUCCGUCGAGAUCACUUGAAUCGUCUCGGGGAGCGCCUCGCGACCGCCAACACGGCCCUCCAGACGGCCCUCGACCUCGUUCAGAUCGAGAUUUCUCGCGAAGCCAGUCGAGAUCUAAAGGGGCUGGACACCACCCUGGGCUCCCUGACGCACGAUGUCGCCGCGCUGGGCCUGGGCAUACAGAACUCUUUCCAGGCAUCCCACCGGGUCUCCGAGGAGAUAAUGCUCAGCAUCCAGAGCCAGGCGGCCGAGACCUCCCUGCUACUGUCGUCGAGCCGGGUAACCGGCGCUGCCCUCAGAGAGGACGUCGCUGAGCUCAAGACGAUGCUGGCCGCCAUCAUGUCCCCCGACGUCCGUGAGGUUUGCCAGCGAAUGCGCUCGAAGCCGGACGCAAUGCGGAUGAUAUGCGAUCUUGCGGCAGCCGAACCGGGGCCCGACCCAAGAGAGGAUGCUCACCAGUAUUCUUCACUCCAACUCCGAUCCGGCAAGACGCACCUCGACGUCCAGUGCCGGUGCAAGCCACGCAGGGUCCAGACGAGGAGGAAGCGCCAGGCCGGACCUUUCUUCCUCGUCUUCGAGGCCGUCGCCGAGAACAACCACGCGUGCGGCUGCCCGCUCGCCGGCCUCGUCGACACGGAUACCACCUGGUCCGCGGGAAUCUCCCUCCAAGUCUUACGCGGUCUUGUCUCCGUCGCCGUCGCGACGACGCUCUCGUCCGCCCGCGGCGCCGGCGGCUUCAGCAUCUCCCCUGUCUUCAGGUAUGCCCCGGUCCGCGACAACAGCCCGGCUUUCGAGGUCGUAUCUCUCUUGCUGCAUGCCUCGGAGAUUGUCUCGUACGGCGUGCUCAGCCGCGGCGCGUACAGUGAUCUGGCUCGCCGGGGGGUCAGGACGCUGCAGGUCAUCUUUCGGACCAAGAGGGCGUCGCCGUUCGAUCUCAACGUGAGAGGGCGUAACCUUCUGCACCACGCGACCUUGAUGAUGAUCAGGCAAGCAGGCAAGAAGACGUUCACGAAAGAGACGCUCGCGCUGCUGGAGUUCCUCGUUGCUGUGGGAGUGCCGCGGGACAGCGCCGACCCGGAGAGUUUGCCUCUCCACUGCUUCCUCCGCUUUCCGACAUGGGUUGCAAUCGAUUCCGUGCUCGUAAACGUCUUUGACCUCGUGUACCCCGACAACAUGGACUCCAACUUUUUCGAGUUGGGACCGUCUCUGAUGCUGCGAGAAUGGGGGAUUUUCACGAUGGAGCACCAUCAGCGGCUGGUCACGCAGUCGAAAAAGAUGCCCGAGUUGUACGAAGACCAUCCCGCAAAGGCCGUCUUCAUGCGGAACCAUGCCGCCUUAUCUCGGAUCCUGGAUGCGGAUCCCCUGAGGCUGGAUCUAUCCGCCACAGACGCUCUCAACCAGCCUGUCCUCUACCAUCUCAUAUGCUGGCCACAAGGCCUGAGGACGAUGCUCGACCGGCUCGGCACGUCCGUCAUACACCAGCAUGACCGCCACCACGAGUCUGCGCUGAUGUAUGCACUCUACCGGAAAUGCUCAGUCUGUGUCGUGACACACCCUAUCCAAGACCCGGGCUUAGAUGACAGGACAUGUUCAUGUAUAGAGGUCGUCAAGCUGCUUCUCGCCGUAGACUGCCUCAUCACGACCUUACAAAAGCCCUUUUGGAUCCGGGCUCUCGCCGCGGCGUCCGACAGAGCGAAGCAUCUGGUUGUCGACGACCUCGUUAUCCGACGGCAAAGGCUAAAAGAAGCGGCCCUCGCUCGCCUCAGCCCCGAACACAUCGACCGCAUGAACCUGAACGGCCCUUCCGUCCUCAACAGGCACACCAACGAGGUCUUGGACCUCCUCGAGAACGACGGGCACAACGUUCCCUUUGGACUCAACACAAGAACGUAUGAAUACCACGAGACCAUAUACCACCCCAUCGCCUGCUUACGCGACGAGUCGUCUGUGGUGCCCUUGGCGGACGCCUUCUAUUCGAGAGGUUUCCACGAGGUCGACGCGCCCAACGCCCAAGGCUUCACCCCCCUCAUGUGGACUUGGAGCACCGGCUUCGCCCUCUGGCUAGUACAACACCGAGUGAGCCUUACGUCCCUGGUCCCGGAAACCGUUAGAGGGUACACAGCGACGCACAAAGUACUCUCCUUAGCGGGAAACCGCCUCCAGCAGCAUCAGCACGAAAUCCACUCGCAGAUCAUGGCCGGGACACGGUCAGCUAUCGGCGAGGCGCCGUACCUCGACGCCUGCCGGUGUCGGUGCUCGCUCCGCGGGUGCCAUCCCUAUAGCAUGCUCCUGAAAGAAACUCAACGGUCGACGCUGCCGAGUUUUCAGUCGGGAGACAUGGGCACUGUAAUCAAUGCACUGGACCAGUUCCUCGUCAACAUGACCGUGUCUCUCACCGCACUCGAGGGGGGUGAUCGGGGUAUUAUCCCGCGAGAUCUGGUGUCUACAUGGCUCCGCGGAAGCACCUUUGCCGUGCUCCCCCUGCGGCAUACCUGCUGCGACGAGGGGCGGGCGAGACACGACGAAGAAGAGGUUGAGGAGAUUCUCGAGGAAGACGCUGUUGAGCUGCGGCGUCUCGAGACGUUGCUUGUCGAGUUCGAGAAAGCGGUCGACGACUCAGGGUCUUCCUUGACCGAGUUCAUGCAGACGUACUGGAAGGACAAGAUGGCCAGCGUGCUGCGCGAUAUCAACCGGCAGAGUCUGACCGAGAGGGAUGUCGAGGGUGCAAGGAGUCUCGGUGUGUACCUCCGGGUAGACGGAUGCGAGGAAAAAAGUGAAAGCGAGGAUGCUGACUCCAGGAGCUAUGAUGGGAGCGAUGACGAGAGGGCGGCCAUGUGGGUGAGAUAUUACAACGACAAGCUUGACUUGUUGAUUCGAUAG